AUGUUGUUAUCGGAAGAGUUUAAAAGUGCAACUGAUCUUACAACAUCAUCUUACGUUUACGAGAAGGCUAAGUUCACGAUGGCUUAUUGGUUAGAACGGUUAGCAUCGGGGCCUAGCCCUAAAGCGAAUCUUCAACCCAACUUCAGGCCCAUUGGGCUUACGGAAACCUCUGGGAGUCUGAGAAGCUGGGACACAGCUAGUCUCCAUCUUUGCCUUCUCUCGCCUGCAACUCUCCCUAUCCAGAAAAUCAUUCUUUCAGUCAUCAGAAAUGGUUCUAAAUGGAGCUGCUCCCCCAAGAGAAGUGCAGCUGCUGCUGCUAGCCUGCGUAGGAGGAGGACAACUAGUGUUGGGGCUGCAGGAGGAGCAAGUGGGAAUAUGCUGCAGUUUUACACUGAUGAUGUCCCGGGACUCAAGAUUUCCCCCAAUGUCGUUCUUGUCAUGAGUAUUGGUUUCAUAGCCUUUGUUGCUACUCUCCAUGUCAUGGGUAAGCUGUACUUUGUGCGAAGAGAGGCUUAAAAAGGUGCAGCAAUGGAAGUCUCAGUUCAGAGUCAAUUUUGAAUGAAUUAUUACUUAAUAGGUAAUGAAAUAUGAAUUUUGGCUUUA